AUGAAGCAACAAAGCACGUUCACGCCGAAUGCGGUGCACAUGGGUCGCAGGUUGGCUGUCAGCCCACAAAAGGCGGUCGCAGAAUCGUCCGAGAGAGAUCAAAUGAUGGACGCACCUGCCGUAGAAACUGUACCAAAUUUGAGCGUGAGCUCAGCGUUGAUGAGCCCAGCUGCCCAAACCGCCUCUUCUGAUCCACUCGCUCCUGUGCCUGUCGAGACCGAAGCCAACAGUGACUCAGACGUCCAGGAUCGGUGCGGCUUGGUGCGGUACACCUUCUGCCCUCGCCUACGCCGCGAAGUGUUCUACGACCGCAAUGGUGGCGACUGUGUGGCGGUUACGACGGCUGCCGAGCACGAGGCGGUAAACGAAGUGGCAUCGAUGGCAGCGGCCCGUUACAACGAUACUAGCGUGCACAAGGACCUGACACCACUCUGCAACAGCAGUCCAAACCGCUUCUCUUCACUCGAGAGCUGCCGAGAAAGCUGCCAGCGGAGGGACGUGCCCGCGGAGCGUUGCUUCGACGAGACCCUCUUCUCGGAGUGCCGUAGCGGACCCCUGCUCGUGGGGAAGGCCCUGGUGGUUGCCUCGCCGCUCAACCUUGACAACUUUGUGUGCAGCAAUGGCUGGCUGGCCAGAUUUAAGGAUUCCGCUAACGUGACUAUGAUGUACUGCUGCGUGCCAUUUUGUAAGUCACGGUCCGGAAAGACUCCAGGUGUGUCGUUUCACGAGUUUCCAGUUGACGAGGAGCUCUGCGCAAAAUGCAUUCCUAGAGUCAGCGGAGAAUCUUCGAGCCUCCAGCUAAAAGAAGAAACCAUGGCCGCCGACCCAGAUUUCGAGUGUCCUACUUGCAACUUCACUUUGUCCAGCACGGUGAACCUCCAAAAACACAUCAAGGACCAUGAGGGCGGGAGACGGCAUCUAUGCCACGAAUGUGGUGUACUGUGUCGGAAUAGUUAUCAUUUAAAGAAACACUCUCUCGAACACACUGGCGAGAGGCUAUAUCAGUGCGAUGUGUGCGGCAAAACGUUUAUCGUGAAGGCAACCAUGGAAAGACACAAGACGACGCACACGGACGAAAGGCCUUUUGAGUGCUCUCUCUGUGCAGCUACGUACAAGAGGCGAGAUCAGCUGGUCCGACAUUUAAAAAAGCAACACACAGAAACUGGUGAACCUGGCGCCACCGUGUCACAAAUGUUCCCGAGAAGGAAGAAGAAAAGUUGCUUUCCGUUACAGCGCUUGCUUUUUCGACGGAAACGCGGGCAAUCCAGCUAGCUAUGUACUUGCAACGUGAUAAACCUCGUUUAACUGAAAUGCUUCUGGCUGCAGCUGGAAGAAGACAGAAAAUUUUUACGUCAAUCUCCAGACAAGGCACGCAUAUUCACUUUUGGCACUUUUCUUGCGAAGUGUGCAAUAGUGUCAUUGUUCUAUUGUUUAUAUAAUGAGCACGCUAUGUAUCUUUUAUUUUGAAUAAUUGACGAGACACAAUUGCUGUCAUAAAAACGUUCACCCAUUUACAUUGAAGUACUGAUUUUUAAUAAAUAUCUCCGCGGAUA